UAAUUUGUAAUUUGGUUUGAACGGUUCAUUUUGAAAAUAAUAUAGACAAAAGAAAAAAAUUAAAUAUUUUUGUUUAAAUUCAAUAUUUAAUUUUUGCUUUGGUUCGUUUCAAUGUUUAUUAAAUGACCUUUAACAUGUUAAGAAUAAUUUGGUGCUUGUCGUUGUUGUUAGUGUUAAACAAUCUAACAUUGCAGUGCGUAUCCUAUCCAGCCACUUCAACUGAUGCCACCACUCACAUUGUCAGCUAUGUACAUCAACGUAAAAUUCAAAAGGAACAGCAGAAAAAGGUUUCGGAAUUUGAUGAAUUUGAUUUUGAGAAUUUUCGUUCAAAUUUAACCUCCAAAGAUUAUCCUGAAAUGCGUGGUGCUUUACAGCAACUUUUUGGACGUUUCGUUGAGAAUUUCGAAACAAACUUAGAUCAAUUGGAAAAUGUCGUACCCAAAAAUGGCAAUUAUAAAGAGAGUGUAAAAGAUAAUGAAAUUUCCUAUAGCUCGACGAGUGAUGAUUUAAUGAAUGAUCAAAUGAACACUCUGGAUAAUGGUUUUGGAGAUAAUGAACAACAUGAGUCUCCUAAAAAUGAGACCAUGUGGCAACGUUCUAAACAAAGUAUACCCGUUUUGGAGUCCGUUCGUCACUUAGUGAAUAGUGUACGUGAUGGUCAUCUUAAUCACACGGAACAUGUACAACGUCAUCGUACUCUAUUGAGUGAAAUGCAACCUAUGCCCGAGCAAAAUACUUCAAUGGCCAUAGAGACUGAGGAAGAACGUGAAAUGAUAAAUGAAAGUUCCGAUCUGAAAUUUUUAGAAGUUUUAGGUUCUAUAGGCAGUAAAGUAUGGGGUUUUCUAUCAAAUAUAAGACAAGUAUUUGCUGCCAGUUCGGCAAGUGCUAGUUCUGCGUCAAGUUCAUCAAGUAGUUCUUAAUUUUCAAAAGGAAAAACAUAAUAUUUGAAAAUUUUGAUUCAUAUUCAUGUUAAAUUUAAAGGGCUCCUUGGAAUUCGGGAGUACUUUAAAACUGUGAUUAACCAUUUUAAAAUGUUAUUUUAAUUUUUAAGUGUUGCUAUUCGAUAAAAUUAUAAAUAUUAUAAAGUAAAUAAGAAACGAAUAAAAUUUAUAAUAUCAGUAUAAAAUUCAUUGAGAUU